UGCCGCUGGGGCGUGCCCUGCCGGGCGGGGCGGAGCAGUGACGUGCGGCCGAGGCAGCGCCCCGUACCCUUGAUCAGGCGACAGAAGAUGGCGGCGGCGCUGACCCUCGCCCAGCGGAUCGCCCGGUCAGGUGUACUGCCUCUCUGCCGCCGGCCUCUGGCUUGGGGCAGAGCCCACCAGGAGCCCCCCGGCCCUCUGCUCACCCCAUGUCGUGCCUUCAGCAACAACAAGAUCCUGGUGGAGCUGGAUGAGAGCUCAGGCGUUGCCACGAUGAAAUUCAAGAGCCCCCCAGUCAACAGCCUUAACCUGGACUUCCUCACUGAGUUUUGCAUAAGCCUGGAGAAGCUGGAGAACGACCGGGCCUGCCGCGGCGUCAUCUUGACAUCCGCCAUCCCCAAAAUCUUCUCAUCAGGCCUGGACAUCACCGAGAUGUGCGGGAAGAGCACGGAGCACUAUGCCGAGUUCUGGAGAGCUGUGCAGGAGAUGUGGCUCCAGAUGUACAGCUCCAACAUGGUGACAGUCGCUGCAGUCAAUGGGUCCAGCCCAGCGGGAGGCUGUCUCAUUGCCUUGACGUGUGACUACAGGAUCAUGGCGGAGAACCCCAAAUUCAGCAUCGGCCUGAAUGAAGCCCAGCUGGGCAUUGUGGCUCCCUUCUGGUUUAAGGACACAUUUGUGAACACUGUGGGACACCGAGUUGCUGAACGCUCCCUCCAGCUGGGCUCCCUCUACCCUGCACCUGAGGCCCACAGGUUUGGCCUUGUUGAUGAGCUGGUGCCAGAGGAGAAGCUCCAGGAGAAGGCUGCAGCUGUUAUGGCCCAGUGGCUGGCCCUUCCUGACCAUGCCCGUCAGCUCACCAAGUCCAUGAUGAGGAAGGCGGUGUUGGACCGCCUGGUAGCUCACCGGGAGGAAGACAUUCAGAACUUCAUCAGCUUCAUCUCAAAAGAGUCCAUCCAGAAAUCACUUCGCAUGUAUAUGGAGAUGCUGAAGAAGAAGAAGAGCUGAGGAGCCAGCCAGCUGGAUCCCAGUCCCAGGAGUUCAAGUGAUCCUCCAAAAUGCUGCAAUAGCUGUAGACUUUCACAGUGAAGCCAUUUGCAGUGUCAGCAAUGGGUGACUUGCUGCCUGUUUCCAUGGCCCCCAACCGCCCCUUCCCCUUAGUCCCCAUAGAGUGCCUGACACCACCGCUGCCUUUCCUGAGAGCAGGGAGAGCUGCUCGGCUCCCCCAAGGAAUGGACCUGGAGAGGGUCUUGAUGCUGCUGUGUCCUGAGCUGCUGUGUCCUGAGCCUGUCGGUGCUUGGAUACCCUUCCUCUGUCCAACAGCUAAUUGCGAAAUGAGAUUUGUUAAUAAAAUCUUUGAUGAGGUAGGA